AUGGGAAUCAUUAUAUCUACAAUAACACUUAUUAUUCUGCUUUUUAUGGUCAGAGUGUUUUACUUAAUGUUCAACGUUUUCACUGGGAAAUGUGGAAUUAGUAGUAAAAAUAGGACUUUAAAAACAAUAUUCUGUAUCGGUUCUGGGGGACAUACAUCGGAAAUGAUAAGAAUAAUAUCGCAUAUAAAUUUAAAGAAAUAUGAACCUCGCCUUUAUAUAUUGGCGGAUAAUGAUAGCAGUAGUGAAUAUAAAGUGAAAGAAGCUGAAAAAGAAAAUGUUUUUAUGAUUCAUAGAAUUCCAAGAAGUAGAAAUGUAAAACAGUCAUAUGUUUCAUCUAUUUUUACUACUAUCAAUGCAACCUUGCAUACUUUACCACUGAUAUGUCAUUUCAAACCAGAAGUUAUAUUCUGUAAUGGCCCUGGAACCUGCAUACCUGUUUGUUUAGUUGCAUUUUUGUUAAGAUGUCUUUUUAUUCUCGAUUGUCGAAUUGUUUUCAUAGAAAGCGUAUGUAGAGUGAGAACUUUAUCAUUGUCUGGGAAAAUUUUACAGUUUUUUGCUGAUGUCUUUGUUAUCCAGUGGCCUGAAUUGAGACAUGCAUGUAUAAGAGCUAAAUAUUUCGGUAGAUUAACAUAA